UGCUGGUCUCAUCCAGGCAAUGGGGGGUGGGGAGGGGGAGAGGGAAAGUCCCUCUGGCCCAAGGUCUCCAAAUAUAUGAGCAAUAGGACAUCUCAGCAGGGACCUCCCCAUCAUCCAGUCUAGAAAUCACCCGUGGCAGCAGGCAUUUGUCAAUGUUUGCGGUGACAAAUUUCUAAGAGGAAAAUUCUGGGAGGGAAAGGGAAAAGGCAGAGGAAGCGUGGGGUUGGCGAGUGGGGUACUCCAAGGGACAUCGCUGGCCCUAAGUGGGGGUUUGCAUCUGUGAAGCUGGGUUCCCCAGGACUGAGUGGCUUGGGACAGGUCAAAGGGUGGGCACAAAGAAGGGAGGGGUGCUGGUCCCUUCGACUCCGGACAACGCCUUCCCUUCCCGUAGUCGCUGGUCCCCGCCUCCUCUCCGUGUGUUCAUUCCCGCGCCCUGCCUUCCCCGCCAACCUCCCCCCGCCUCCGGAGUCCCCGGGUCAGCCCAGCCUGCGCCCCACGUGAGGGGCGGGGGCGGGCGCCAGCGCCUUCCUGCGCUGCCCUUGUAUGGUGUCCCGGAGGCCGGCCCAGGGGUAUUUAACCCGGACCGCCGCGGAGGGCGCUCGGAGUCGACUGCUCGGGCAGCCCCACCGCCACUAGAGCCCGGGACGCGGUAACGAGCGAAAGGAAGAAGAGGCACCGGCGGCCAUGGGGCUGGAGGCGGCGCGCGAGCUGGAGUGCGCGGCGCUGGGCACGCUGCUGCGGGAGCCGCGGGAGGCGGAACGCACGCUGCUGCUGGACUGCCGGCCCUUCCUGGCCUUCUGCCGCCGCCACGUGCGCGCCGCGCGCCCGGUACCUUGGAACGCGCUGCUCCGGCGCCGUGCGCGGGGCCCCCCUGCCGCGGUUCUCGCCUGCCUGUUACCCGACCGCGCGCUGCGGACGCGCCUGGGCCGCGGGGAGCUGGCGCGGGCCGUGGUGCUGGACGAGCGCAGUGCCUCGGUGGCGGAGCUCCGGCCCGACGGCCCGGCCCACGUGCUGCUGGCCGCGCUGCUGCACGAGACCCGCGCGGGGCCCACCGCCGUGUUCUUCCUGCGAGGAGGCUUCGACGGCUUCCAGGGCUGCUGUCCCGAUCUGUGCUCUGAGGCCCCCGCCCCUGCGCUGCCGCCGCCGGCAGGGAGCAAAACCAGCUGCUCCGACCCGAGGGCUCCCAUCUACGACCAGGGUGGCCCUGUGGAGAUCUUGCCCUACCUGUUCCUGGGCAGCUGCAGCCAUUCGUCAGACCUGCAGGGGCUGCAGGCGUGUGGCAUCACAGCCGUCCUCAACGUGUCUGCCAGCUGCCCCAACCACUUUGAGGGCCUUUUCCGCUACAAGAGUAUCCCUGUGGAGGACAACCAGAUGGUGGAGAUCAGCGCCUGGUUCCAGGAGGCCAUAGGCUUCAUUGACUGGGUGAAGAACAGCGGAGGCCGGGUGCUGGUGCACUGCCAGGCCGGCAUCUCGCGCUCGGCCACCAUCUGCCUGGCCUACCUCAUGCAGAGUCGCCGUGUGCGGCUGGACGAGGCCUUUGACUUCGUUAAGCAGCGUCGGGGGGUCAUCUCCCCCAACUUCAGUUUCAUGGGGCAGCUGCUGCAGUUUGAGACCCAGGUGCUGUGUCACUGAGGUGGUGCCCCUCUGCCUGCCCCCGCAACUGUGCUGGCAGGAGCUGACUGUGGACGGGUGGGCUCCUCUCUGGGCCGGCACAGUCCCCUCACCUCUGGGAGGGCUGCUACCUCCUCACAGUUUGAGAAGCCCCCACACGGGGGCUCUAGCAAUGCCGGCAUGCUGGCCUUUCCGACCUGGUGCUCUUCUGCCGGGGGACUGAGGCUGGCCCUCAUUCGGGGUGGGGAACCGAGGGUGUGUCUGCUCUUUCCCAUCCCAUCCUCUGGCAGAAAUCAACUGGACUCUAUACCGUGGACUCUCCCUGGUCCACCAUCAUGUUGAAGCCCUUGGCAGCCUGAGAGCUCCAAGGAACAAGCUGUGACAACCAGGAGCCCUGUCCGUGGGUUGGUUCGCCCAGGGCCUGGAGUCCAAGCCCUGUGUUCCUGGGGAAGCUGGGGACUUAGGAAAUGAUGGGUGUGUCGUGCUGUGUGUGUCAGUCUGUGAGCCUUUCACGCCUGUGCUGGCGCUGGAAAGUUAUUUGUGCUCAGCUGACAUUUAACACUCCCUCCCCCGCUUCCUCCUAGCCCUGUGGGCAGGGAUUGGAAACUUAGCACUUUAUAUUUAUACAGAUCAUUCAGGAUGUGUCAAUAAAAUAUUGUUUUGUUUUAAAAACAACAA